AUAUUUUUUAGACACCUAUGUUUGUUGAUGCCGGAGUGACGUAAGAGCAGUGCGUCGAGCGUAGCUUUGUUGUUUACGUUAUCUCAGUUGACAAGAAGAGUUUUCCGACCUAUACCGAUUUCUUACCUGUCAUCAUGUUUCACGGAAUCCCAGCUGCAGCAAGCACAGGAGGAGCCCCAGCUAAUAAACCAGAACUGUAUGAGGAGGUCAAAUUGUAUAAAAAUGCCAGGGAACGUGAAAAGUAUGACAACAUGGCUGAGCUGUUUGCUGUAGUAAAGACGCUUCAGGCUUUAGAGAAAGCUUACAUCAAGGACUGUGUGACCCCUAAUGAGUACACGGCUGCCUGCUCCAGACUGCUGGUUCAGUACAAGGCUGCUUUCAAGCAGGUGCAGGGGUCCGAUGUGGGCUCCAUUGACGAUUUCUGCAGGAAGUACAGGCUGGACUGUCCACUGGCUAUGGAGAGGAUUAAAGAGGACAGGCCAAUCACCAUUAAAGAUGACAAGGGCAACCUGAACCGUUGCAUUGCAGAUAUUGUUUCGCUUUUUAUCACAGUGAUGGAUAAGCUGAGACUGGAGAUCCGAGCCAUGGAUGAGAUCCAGCCAGACCUAAGGGAGCUGGUGGAAACCAUGAACAGAAUGAGUAACAUGCCCCCAGAUUCUGAGGCGAAGGAUAAAGUCAAUCUCUGGCUGACGACUCUCAGCGGGAUGUCUGCCUCCGAUGAACUGGACGACUCCCAGGUCCGUCAGAUGCUGUUUGACUUGGAGUCUGCGUACAAUGCCUUUAGCCGUUUCCUGCAUUCCUCCUAAACUCCCACCUGCAUUCUCUGGGGUUCACACGGACACUUCCUUCUUGUGUUCUGAAGGAGGUGACAUUACCCUUGCAAUGCCUGUUCUUUGCCUUGAAAGUCCUUGGGCUGAUUUUUAAUCUUGCGGUUUCAUAAUUGUUUUUGGGUUGAAGUGACGUGUAAAGAAAGUUCUUGUAAACCUUAGGACUGAAGCACUAAGUACUGGGGCAUGCAAGGGUUAAACAGAGAUGUGCUAAAAAUGUUAAGUUCACCAUUGAAACUUGCUUUUAAAAAAAAAAAAAAAAAAUAGCGCAAUUAAAACAUGAUUUAAGAAAUAUAUAUUUAAGUCAAUAGUAAACAGCCUUAGGCUGUCAUUGUUUUAGCUCUAAUAUUUUGACAUUUUUCUGCACAUCUCUGGUUGAACAAGUUUGUACCUGGUAUCAGUUAAAGACUAUAAAAAAAAAUCUCAAGUCUAUCUGAAAAUGUAUUUCCAUAUCUCUUAUUUUCUUCUUUUUAUGUUUUAAUUUGCAGUUUAAAUUUAGGUUCAGGUUAUACUGAAAACGAGGCUUAAAAAGGUGUGCAGGUAGUAUUGUGAAUGAAAUAAUACAUAGAAUAAACUGAGCAGGGCCUGUCUGAACCAAUUUACAAUUAGUUCACAAAUGUAUAUUGAUUUGAAAAUAAAGUUGAAGUCAUAUAAAAAAAAAUAUCUCUACACACAGUCUUGUGUAAAUCAAUCUCUUCACCCUUGUGCUCUGUGUUUAGUCAGAGGUCUCAAGCUUGUGAUUUUAAAAUGUGUGCAGUCUGUGCCAGGAUAUAAAAAACAUUAGAUUCUAAAUUUGCCUCUGUUGAAUUAGGUUUUCAGCUGAGACACUUUCUGUAUUAUCCCAGUAUAUCAAAUAUUGGAAUGCUUACAGUACUAUAUUGCAUCUUCCAGCAAACGAAGUUGAGGUUGUCUCUGGUAUCUUGGUUAAUAUAUAAUAUAGUGUAAUAAACUCUGUGGUUUUAGGAACUGUAUUUAUUUAUAGGCUGCAUUUCUCUGAAGAAAUUGUAAAUAAAACCUUGCUUUAGUAAUCAAUGA